ACUCGAACGCGCGACGGCGGGGGAAAGAUGGCGGAGUCCGGCGGUAGCGGCGGCGGUGCUGGUGGCGGAGCCGCUUUCGGCGCGGGUCCCGGUCCCGAGCGCCCGAACAGAACCGUUCUGGGGCUUUGGAUCGCUCCUCGUGUAUUGGGAAGCCGACCAUGGAGAUGAGGCCAGCCCGGGGCCAGAGGAGGGGCGCCUGCUCUGACAGCACAGCGGACAAGAACGGGGCCCUCAAGUGCACCUUCUCGGCACCCAGCCACAGCACCAGCCUCCUGCAGGGCCUGGCCACCCUCCGCGCCCAGGGUCAGCUCCUCGAUGUUGUGCUGACCAUCAACAGAGAGGCCUUUCCUGCACACAAGGUUGUCCUGGCCGCCUGCAGCGACUACUUCAGGGCCAUGUUCACCGGAGGCAUGCGGGAGGCAAGCCAGGAUGUCAUCGAGCUGAAGGGCGUGUCAGCCCGUGGCCUGCGGCACAUCAUCGACUUUGCCUACAGCGCCGAGGUGACCCUGGACCUGGACUGUGUGCAGGACGUGCUGGGCGCGGCUGUGUUCUUACAGAUGCUGCCCUUGGUGGAGCUGUGCGAGGAGUUCCUGAAGGCGGCCAUGAGCGUGGAGACCUGCCUCAACAUUGGCCAGAUGGCCACCACCUUCAGUCUGGCCUCGCUGCGGGAGUCAGUGGAUGCCUUCACCUUCCGGCACUUCCUGCAGAUCGCCGAGGAGGAGGACUUCCUGCGCCUGCCGCUGGAGCGCCUGGUCUUCUUCCUGCAGAGCAACCGGCUGCAGAGCUGCGCAGAGAUCGAUCUGUUUCGCGCGGCAGUCCGCUGGCUGCAGCAUGACCCGGCCCGUCGGCCGCGCGCCAGCCAUGUGCUCUGCCACAUCCGCUUCCCACUCAUGCAGUCGUCUGAGCUGGUGGACAGCGUGCAGACGCUGGACAUCAUGGUGGAGGACGUGCUGUGCCGCCAGUACCUGCUGGAGGCCUUCAACUACCAGGUGCUGCCCUUCCGGCAGCACGAGAUGCAGUCUCCACGCACCGCCGUGCGCUCGGAUGUGCCCUCGCUGGUCACCUUCGGCGGCACACCCUACACCGACAGCGACCGCUCCGUCAGCAGCAAGGUCUACCAGCUGCCUGAGCCAGGCGCCCGCCACUUCCGUGAGCUCACGGAGAUGGAGGUAGGCUGCAGCCACACGUGUGUGGCUGUGCUGGACAAUUUCGUGUACGUGGCCGGGGGCCAGCACCUGCAGUACCGCAGCGGCGAGGGCGCAGUGGACGCCUGCUACCGCUACGACCCCCACCUGAACCGCUGGCUGCGCCUGCAGGCCAUGCAGGAGAGCCGCAUCCAGUUCCAGCUGAACGUGCUGUGCGGCAUGGUGUAUGCCACGGGAGGCCGCAACCGGGCCGGCAGCCUGGCCUCUGUGGAGCGGUACUGCCCCCGGCGCAACGAGUGGGGCUACGCCUGCUCCCUGAAGCGCCGUACCUGGGGUCACGCUGGGGCUGCCUCAGGGGGCCGCCUCUACAUCUCGGGUGGCUACGGGAUCUCGGUGGAGGACAAGAAGGCCCUGCACUGCUACGACCCCGUGGCUGACCAGUGGGAGUUCAAGGCGCCCAUGAGCGAGCCCCGCGUGCUGCACGCCAUGGUGGGCGCCGGCGGCCGCAUCUAUGCCCUUGGAGGCCGCAUGGACCACGUGGACCGCUGCUUCGACGUGCUGGCUGUGGAGUACUAUGUGCCGGAGACGGACCAGUGGACCAGCGUCAGCCCCAUGCGGGCUGGCCAGUCAGAGGCCGGCUGCUGCCUGCUGGAGAGGAAGAUCUACAUCGUAGGGGGCUACAACUGGCGGCUCAACAACGUCACGGGCAUCGUACAGGUGUACAACACGGACACCGACGAGUGGGAGCGGGACCUGCACUUCCCGGAGUCCUUCGCGGGCAUAGCCUGUGCCCCUGUCCUGCUGCCCCGGGCCGGGACCAGGAGGUAGCCCCCAAGACCCCUGGGACCCUGGCCUGACCGCAUGUUGUCUCCAAGUGGGGCUUGGCCAGUGCACGUCUGCCUGAGAACCCCAGUGCCCCCUCCUUCGCCCGGGCUGCCCUUGAGGGGCCUGCUGCGUUGAUAGGCCCCCCUCCCAGGGGUCCCUCCCUCCUUCCCAAAGCAGAUCCUGGCUCUAAGUCCAUUCGAGGGAGCCUGCCCGCCAAGCGUCAGACGUGGUGGCAGCAAAUUUGUCCCCGGGGUGGUUUCCUUGCCUGCCCCCCACCCCCGAGUGCCCGCGGGCUGGCGGGUGGAAUCUCAGGUCUCCAGGGGGUCCCUGUGCAGCUCCAUCUCACUUCUCUGCCGCCUCCCAGCCCCGCAAUUUCAGGCAUUCAGAUGUGAGCUCAUCAACAUUGAACCCAAAGUCAGUGGUAUAUGACUCACCCUCCUUCCAAGUCUCCUGCGCGCGUGUUUUUAAAAUAAACUCACCAGAAACCUCCAUAACACACGGACCUCCAGGAGCAGUGAGAGGCAGCUUGGAAGCCCCUGGUUUGGAGUGGGUAGAGGACGAGGGCACGUGUCUGCCUCCUCUGGGGUACCCUCCUUCCCCCAUUCCAAGCUGCUGAGGGGAGGCCCUGGUCAUGCCUCAGUUUCUGUCUUCAUCUGCUUUCCGGAGGAAAAACCAUAUCAACUCCUAGAAACGGUCUUUACAGGCCUUGGACCUUCCAUUUGGCACUAGGCAUCUUGUGGGGCCUUAACUGGUUGAGACAUCCUGGCCCUCUACAUUUGCCGUGUUGGCUGGGCGGUCCCCUUCCCACAACUGGAGGGGGACGCUAACUUCAGAAUCCCACAGUGUUGCUUCCCGCAGGUCUGGUGGGGUGUCUUUAUUCUCCUCCCUCCUUUCCAUCCCUCCACGCCCCACCACUCCCCAACCUGCCCUGUUUUUGGGUCAGCAUUGCUACCGAGCCGGCAGUCAGGCCUUUCCCUUCAAGGGCUCUGUGGCAUCUCUGGCCACGUUUGUUUCAAUGUGUGAACCUCUCAACCUUUUAUUUUUGAUUGGUUUUACUUUUACUUUUUUUUUUUUUUUUUUAAAGAAGCCAGCACUGCUGUCUCAUAGAUGGGAUUUGUACUCUCGGGGCAACUUGAAGUGUCUCUCUUGCUGCUAACAGACGAUUGAUGUCUUGUCUCUGUGACCCACUCACCGUGUAGAGAAUUAACCUCCUAUCUUAGCAGACGUCGUCUCCUAAUAUUUCCCUUUAUUUAAUAAAAAUGUUAUGGUGAAGAGAUGGAGCCGGCCCAGCACUGAGCUUGUGCGGCUUGGGUUUGAUUGGUCACAGA